AUGUAUUUAUCUGUUGAGAAUUUGACUUUUUGCCAUUUGAUAUGGCAGGAAAAGUUUUCCAAUAAUAACAUACAAGAGAGACAAAGAGUCUCCACAGAAUUGUUCAGGGCCUCAUUCUCAUCCUCACGUUCAUCUUCUUUCUCUUCUCCUGACUUUAACCGAGCUAAUCAAUUAGAACCCAUGUCCUUUGACCGCAUGAUUUUUCCUGAAACUCCUUCAAGAAAUCCGGCAAUGAACAUGCUAAAUUCGUCUCCACAGUAUAGUCGACAAGCCCUUGAUCUUCGGGAUGUCGUGAAGGACUCUAUGUACAAGGAAGUUCAGGGUUUAUCAGUUAAAGCCAAAACCAUAGAGGAGGCACCAGAUCUUAUGGUGAAGUUCAAGGAUUUCCCAAGGCAACUGCCAAGAAUUAUGGAUGGUUCUCAGGACUCGGCUAAAUUUCGAGAGGCACCUUGGUAUCAUAAUGAACCGAGAGAACUUUUAAGAUCAUCAUCCUACCACUCAAAAGACAGUUCUUCGUUCUCAAUUUCAAAAGAUGCCAGCAGAUUUUCUUAUGAUGGAAGGGAAAUAAGCUACAUACCCUUUGAAUCACGGGACUUUUCCAAUUCUACCCAAAAGCUUAAAGAUCUUGCAAGACUUUCAUUAGACAGUGGAGAAGGUUCAAUGUGGAGUUCAAAUGCUAAUUCAAAAUCCAUCUUUCAUGCAAAAACGUCGCACAAGGAUAGUGGUGAGUUUAAUGGUAAGGUUCAGAGUCUGCAACAAACAUCAGGAAAUCAGGCACGGCCGACAAGCGUUGUAGCAAAGCUGAUGGGUUUGGAAAACCUGCCUGAUUCUGUUGUAGCUGGCAAUACCAACUCGAGCUCUGGGAGAACUUAUCCGGUGGAAGAAUUUGUAAACUUUUCGAGGUCAUCUGCAGAAACAGAUUCAUCGAACCCAAUCCAACUGUCUAGUUCCUCAAAGUUAUGGAAAGAGCCUAGUUCACCUCGUGGGAGAAAUCCCGAUUCCAUCACGAGACAUAUAUCCCAAUUUUCCAUUGAAUCGGCACCAAAGAAGCAAAUUGAUAUGACUAGACUUUCUCGGAAACAAGCCUCUAGAAGUACGCGAGGUUCAGCCAAGGUGCCAAACACCUUUCCUUCUGUUUACAGUGAGAUAGAAAAGAGAUUGAAAGAUCUCGAAUUUGCACAUUCUGCAAAGGACCUUAUAGCACUUAAACAGAUACUGGAAGCUAUGCGAGCCAAGGGACUCUUAGAAUUCCAAAAUGAAGGACAAGAUUAUAAUGUGACAUGUGCAAAUGACCAUGAGCAAAGGUAUACAAGUUCCAGACUUGAUGAAAGAACAGUAAACAACCAAAAGCUUCAAACUAAUCUAGUUCUUGCAUCCUCCCAAAAGAGGGCCGAUUCUCUGAGACAUUUUGAAUCUCCAAUUAUAAUCAUGAAACCAGCAAAACUCGUUCAAAAAUCUGAUAUGCCCAAUUCUUCUGUAAUUUCACUUGAUGGCUUUUCUGGUCUAUCCAAACUUCAAGGUGGUGAGUUCAUUGAUAACAGAAAGGGUUUAAGUAGCAGAAGAGCUGCUAAAGAUCAGAUUUUUAGAGAAAGAAACCGAGAAAAUUCUGUGAACUCUGUCAAUAUGAGAACAGACAACAGAAAUUUAAAAACUGCACAUAUUUCAGAAAGAACCCAAGAGUUACACAAAGAAAGCACCCCGGGAAUCAGAAAGAGUUCAGAAUCCAUUAGCCCAAGAAUGCAACAGAAGAAACUAGAGCUGGAAAAGAGAUCCAAGCCACCCACACCUCCUGAUUCAAUCAAAUCAAGAAGACAAUCAAACAAACAACGAGAAGAGUUGAGCUCCCCAGGUGGCUUGUGCAGGGUAAAGCAUCCCAACUCACAUCAAAGCAAGGACAGACUGAGUGAAGGCAGCAAAUCGAGAUAUUUGAAUUUCCAGAAGAAUGAAUUUUCUGUUCAUUCCAAUGGGGGUUUCAUAUUAGGCUCAAAAAAUGUGGAAGUAACUAGUUUUGAUGAAAGUUCUCCUGAGAAUAUGAAGUCUGCCGAGUUCUUGAUAUCUGGAUCAGUAGAGAAGAAACUCAACCGGAUGGUGAGUGAAAAAGAACAGGCAGAGGCUCGUGCUCCUCUCGAGUACCCCAGCCCUGUCUCCGUUCUUGACAACAAUGAAUAUACAGAUAAUUCACCUUCACCAGUAAAGCACGUUGGAAAGACCCUCAAGGGUAAUGCUCUCCUCUGGUGA